ACUGCUGGCUUGUGCGCACAGCGACAAAUUGAUAAAGCACAAGGAGGAGAAGGAGACAGCGAUUAAAAAUUGGGAAACAGGAAGACGCCUGGACUUACAGAUAUGCUAAACAUGUCGGAGGAAAGAAAAACUAAAAAGUUGUCGACCUGCAGUCCAAGUUUAAGUAGUUCAGCUUUAGCUGAACCGAGUAAUGAGCAGCCCGAGAAGGAUGGCUUCUAUGUACUUCCUCCAUUUCUGGUCUUAAUUAUACAAAGAUACGAAGGAGAAACCAAUGAAGGGCAGUUUCAUGGAGAAGGUGUUGCUUGUUUUGAAGGAGGCCACGUGUAUAAGGGAAUGUUUUCCGAAGGACUCAUGGAUGGACCUGGUGUCUUCACACUUGCAACUGGACUUAAAUAUGAGGGAGAAUUUGUGCGCAACAUUCCCAUGGGCCAGGGCACAUACACCUGGUCAGAUGGUAGCUCUUAUAGGGGGGAAGUCUACAAUGGUAUACGACACGGCACGGGAACCUACAAAAGUGCCAUUAACGGCGUGACCUACAGCGGACAGUGGCAUCAUGACAAGAGGCAUGGAAAGGGCACAGUGUAUUAUAAUGUGGAAAAGACGUCCUGGUACAAAGGAGACUGGGUGAUGAACAAGAGAGAGGGGUGGGGAGUUAGAUGCUACCCUUCUGGUGACAUUUACUCUGGUGAGUGGAGGAACAACCUGAGACAUGGAGAGGGCACGAUGAAGUGGCCAAACCUGGGGCAGGAGUAUGUUGGGAAAUGGCGCGAUGGAGCCCAGCACGGGCAAGGCACAUACGUGUGGACCUUGAGGCGAGCGGAUGAGUCCCAGUAUUCCCAGAGCAAUCAGUACAAGGGGGAUUUCAGUCGGGGUCAGAGGCACGGACUGGGAACCUUUUACUACGCCGGCGGUGCCAUCUACGAAGGAGAAUGGAAGAACAAUAAGAAAGAGGGGCAGGGCAAAUUCACUUUCACGGACGGGCGCGUGUUUGAAGGAAAAUUCGUGGACGAUCAGAUGAUGACAGCCAACUCGAAUGAAAAGCGAACUCCCACUCCUCUCGGUACAUUUCCUUUAUCAGAAACUGGCUUACCUGUGCUUGGACCUCACAUGGCUCUGAACAUCGAUUGCCUUCUGGACAAAAUCCCCGAGAGAAAGCGUGACACUGAGCGCAAACAGGUGGAGUUUGUGGUGCUGAGGCAGGACAUGGAGCUGAAGUCGAUAUACAGUUUCUAUAGUCGCCUCGGCCGGGCCCAUUCUUCAGACAACACCUUCCUGCUGUCCCGCAUGCAGUUCUGGCGCCUGCUCAAAGACUGUAACAUCCACCACCGCGGAAUUACCCUGACACAGAUAGACCAUUUCAUCAGAGAGGAUGAAAACUCAGCUGAGGUUCACUCUCCCGUCACUACUUUCCUGUUUCAGCAACUCCUCAGCUACCUGGUGAUCGUGGCCUACCACAUCUACAGUAACGUCAUGGUGUCACAAAAAGACCUUCUGGCAGCCUGCUUAACCAAACUGAUGACUGAUGACAUCCUCCCAAAUGCAAAGAAUGUAAAAGGCCUCCUGUUCAGGCAGCCUGAGUUUGCAGUGAAGGCUAUGAGCUACAGGAAGAGGUGCUGGGAAGUAUAUCAGGCGUACUGCAGGGACAACGCACCACGUCGAGAUGACCAGACCAUGACCUGCCUACAUCUGCUGUGGAUGUUCAAGGAUCUACAUCUACUGGACCAUAAGUUGACCACUCUGAGGCUAUUGGAGAUCGCUAAUGCAGAGAACUGUGACAACAACCCGUCCUCCUGUGUGGAUCUGGAGAUUACGUUCCUGGAGUUUUUCGAGGUACUUCUGGGUUGUGCAGAAGUUAAGUGUCAGCAGGUUUCUGAAGCCCUCGGGGAGGACCGGCCCCAGUCUGGUUCUGACCCUGAGGCCAGGAUGGAUUUACCUGAGGCAGGAGCCAGGGAGGAAAUAAUGCAGACGACAGACAGCUCAUCCCCAUCGACGGGGACUUCCACUGAUCAGGAUGUGGGGAGUCAACACGUCAAGACUGAAAUAAGUGAGACACCGCAAUCUGCAGUUGUGUUUCCUCUAGAACACACAGAAGAGCUCAGAGGUGAAGGAACAUGUGUGGAAACCAGUGACACGGAGGCCAGAAAAGACCAGGACCUGGAUCUGGAACAGAGGAUCCAGACAGUCCAUCAGUUCUUUAAUCAUUUUCUUUUCCCAGCAUAUGACCAUCACCAGUUAGUGACCAGAAAGAUGAAUGAAGAGAAGCCCCCCCUGGUGGCGGGGGGUCAAAGACACAUCACUGUGGCUAAGGCCCAGGAAAUGGUUAAAGGGACAUUGUGAAGCAGAUGAAGGACACAAGAUGCAGUGACAGAAGCAUCCAAGAAACUUGUUGAAAACAGGAUGAAACUAACUCUUCUAUAUUUGUACAAUCAAUGCAGUGUAAAAUUUGUUCUUUUUCAAAUACAGUCAGUAAGUCAG